AUGGCAACUUUUCUAACUCUUCAAAUUUUAUCAGUUCUUGCAACAAUAUUAACAAAUCUUUUUGGUAUAUUAACAUUUACAACUGAUUAUUGGACAAUAAUUGUUUAUGAUUUCGUUAAAUUACAUUCUUAUGCUAAAUGGAUUGUUAUUGAAGAGAAAAAUAAUAGUAAUUUUCAAAUAAUAAAUAAUACAAAUCAAACAGAAAUCUUAUCAGGAAUAAAUUCUCAAUUAUCAACAAUUGUCUUUGGAUUUGAUAAUAAUGUUACUGUAUAUAAAACACAUAAAGGAAUAUUUCGUCAAUGUAAUUAUUUAACAGAAGAUGUACGAUCUUAUUUAACAAUACCUAAAUGUCGAAUAUUAAAAACUAUAAAUAAUCAAUAUAGUGAUAUCAUUCAUGGUAUGACUAAUCCUGGAAGAGAAUUUUUACGUCUACAUAAUAUUGUUGCAUCAUGUGCUAUAUUAAUAAUGCUUCUUCUAUUUGCUUGUACACUAAUUGGCCUUAUUGUCGGUCUUCUAAAUGGUAUUGUUCUAGCUACAAUGACUGUUGGAAUAAUUUAUCUUAUCGCAACAAUGUUCAGUAUAUUUAUUGUUGCUAUAAUGUGUACAAUAUUAAAAGGUGAACGUAAACAAUCAAAUUGUUUAGGAUUAGAAAUAUUAACUGAUCAUUUAUGUUCAUCUCGAUCGAUUUACAUAUCAUAUUCAUUUAUAUGCGCUUGUUUACUUGUAAUUCUUUGUUUUAUCACAUCUUUUUUAUGGUUAUCAUUACAAGAAAAACAACGAAAAUUUGUACGACAUUAA